UAACCACGCCUGGAGUGUGAUAGAACUCUUACUGAAAGUUGCGGACAUCACAAGCAAAUAGAACUGCUCUAAUACCGACUUUGGACGUGAGGCCCUGGGAGGCGAAGCGAGCUAAAUUGUCUCACGAGCGAAAACUAACAAAGUGAAGAGUAUUGGAACGAGAAAGAGUAGGAGAAAGUCUCGCGUGCAAACAAGUCACACAAGUCAACCCAACGAGGAGAUGGGCCUGAUGGUCUUGCUGUUGUGCUUCGCUGGGCUUCUAGGAUCCGCCUCCGCAUCUCCCUGGGUAUUGGAAGAAAUCAAGGCACUCGAGUCCGGUCCCUCUCUGUCCAAGAAGUCCGAGGUUCCCAUACAAAGUGCCACACCCACUGAGACGGCAGCCGACAUCAAGCAGGACAUCCAGAACAGCAUCCUGGGGGAUGUCAACGGCAAGGAUGACAAUACCAAGAAGAAGCUGAAGGAAGGCGUCCAGAAACUUCUAGACUUUCUUGAAUCAGGGACUUCGUCCUUAAACGAGACAAAAGGAGACUCGCCCACGGGGACAAUCGCAAGUAACGUGACGAAACCGGAUGUGACGCAAUCCACGAAUGUAACACAAUCCACGAAUGUUACACAAUCCUCGAAUGUAACACAAUCCACGAAUGUAACGCAAGCAAAGUAUGUAACGCCAACUUCCGGUGCGUCAUUUUUUGCUGGUCCCGUGACUACACUUGCAAAUGAACGAAAUGACCAGCGGAGUCUCAUCCCUAGUGCCAUUACAUCCCCUUACUAUGCACCGCGGGCUCAGGCCACAGGCUUCCCAAACAACGUACAGCGAAGUCAAAUCUCGUUGACACCGUUGAACCGUAGCUCGGGUAUAGCGCAGGCUCGCCAGUUUCCGGUGUACCAAAACGCAUAUCAGCGGUCCGGGAUCCCUAUGGCCCGCUACUAUAGUGGUUAUAAACCAUUUGACUAUCAGACUGCGCAGACUCAAUCGGUCCAGUCCCCCAGACGGCUGAUUCCAUAUCCGGGGUAUAACAUCAUGAGGCAGAACAUUCCGCACUAUGCCAGUCACGUGACCCCUAUGCAGACUCGCUACCAAGCAACGUACAGAAAAACACAGAUCCCCAAGCCUUACUGGUAUACCGCACCUGUAAAACCGGCUGCAAACCAGUUUUCCGCUCGUCGCAGUGGCUUGCCGUAUGCGGCAAACUUGUAUGGGCACGCAUGGGCUUACAACAGCAGACCGCUGGUCAGUAACAAAGCCGGAUAUCCCAGUGUCCAGCGGUCAGGUAUCGCAAACAUGCGCAGUAAAACUAAUCUCCCGUAUUACCGACCUUACGCGCGUUUUCAACAAAAGCGCAUGGCGAUUGGCCACCGCAGGCUACCCUACAGCGGGUUGCCAUCGUCACAGGUCGGCAGGAAGGCGGUGCUACCGCUGCCCAUAGCUAAUAUUAUGGCGGCGGCUCGUAUUGUGGUACCAGUACAUCCCAAGGCCGAGAGUGGACAGAGGAUGUCCAAAAUAGAGACUGGGGAGACUACUGAAGAAAGAGGGGCAGGAGCUGUGUAGCACAAGUCGACAAAUGUCUAAGAUAGAGACUGGGGAGACUACUGAAGAAAGAGCGGCAGGAGCUGUGUAGCACAAGUCGAGGAAUGUCUAAGAUAGAGACUGGGGCGAGUGCUAAUGUAAUGAGCUGCUAGCUACAUAUUCGCCUCCUUUUCUAAGACACAGGAAUCCUCUCAAUCGGUUUAUAUAUAGACACAGGAAUCCUCUCAGGGUUUACAUGGAAUCCGUGUUUCAUGACUACAAUGAUAUAUAAAUGAUAUGACAUACAUAGAUUUAAUGUAUGUCAUCAUAAUGUCAUAAUGUAUGUUUUUUAGAAACCUUUUUUAUUAAGUUAUAAUAAAUAAAUAUAACUAUAGGAUAUUCUGUAUGUACUAAGCUGACGAGGGGUAGGAAAAGAGCGUAACGCAUGACUGAACUUGUAGUAAAAAAAAGAACAGCGGAAAAAAGUAAAUAUAAAAAAAACAGUGAAUUGUCGAGAAUCGAACUCGUGUCAAAGAAAAUAAAUAGACCAUACAUCCAGACGAGCGCUGAAUCACCGUAUGGCGGCUAAAGGGAGGCAGUAACCAGGUUCCUAGACUUGUCUUGUACGGUUACGCCACACACAGCUCGCUGGGACGUAGAGCGAAACGGAUUGAUGUCUAUCAGGGCAGCCUAAGUCUGAUGGGACUCCCUAAGACUGGCCUGUAACAGUGUUGUUAUUGUCAUGCAAACUGCGUAUGCGCGAGACAGAAAUGAUCAUUUCAUUGUGGAAAAUAUGCAAAUUGUGUAGAGGUGUGUUAGGGGUAAGGAUUUGGGUUAGCGCAAACUGGACUACUGUAUUGUCGAUAGGGAUUUCGCGGAAUGCUCAUUAAUGCGUGCUUCUAACCCGAUUAAAAAAAUACAUCCUUU